AGCGUCGACGAAAUGGCGAACCAGUUGGAGAGCUUGGUGGAAUCGAUCAAGUCGAAGGUGCGGUCGCUGAAGCAGAGGAACUCGAAGAAGAAGAAGAAACUGUACGCGCGGAUGGACAAGAGCGCCAGCGCCAAGGCCCGCGAUCUCAUCGACAAGACUCUCAAGGUUGCCGAUCGCCCUGGCAAGCGUACCAUUUCCUAAUUCCAAUUUCAGUUUUCAUCUCCCCUCUCUCUCUCUCUCUCUCUCUCUCUCUCUGAAUCUAAUGAUGUAUUGUCUGUGUAGAUGUAGCGGAUGGCCGAUUCUGCGUUUCGCGUUUUGGAACCGUUCGGCCAUCGAUUUGAUAAACAUACCGACGAUUAUGUGAUGUUGAUCGAUUUUGUUUUGUUUUCUAA